GUUAUCCUUCUAGGCCCUCGUUACUAUUCCUGUUGCUGCCACUACCUUGACUGCUAACUGCUGCUGCUGCUGCUAAUCAAAUGUAAUAAUGCUAAUGCUGCUAGGUGCUAUUCUACUCAAGGUCCCAGCUACUACUAAUUACUGCUACCAACUGUUCUCCUCUCCCCCCCUGUCAACUCUACUUCUAAAGCUGCCCGUCUCGAUCCUAUCCGUUGUCCCAGUUUCCCAUCCAUCACCCAUUUCCCUUUAUCCUUGUGCCUUGUUCCUUGAUCUACCAUCCCCGCUCUCUGUCUUUGCCGCUAGCUCUGCUGCCCUGCUGCUCCACCAUCUCUCUCACCCGUCCGCCUGUCUGAUGAAUCCUGAUAGCCCGUCGUCUGGUGUUAAAUAUCAAACGCCUCUGCCGUGACCGUCGCUUGGAUCAACCCCAACGACCAUACCUCACCCUCCACUUAGAUCUAUCGUUCGUCUUUCCAUCCACUUCUACUGUCCUGGGUUCUAUACAUCUGUACGCCGAUCCUUCUACCACCCUCGUCCGGUUUCGUCCUUGCAUAUUCGACUAUUCGCCCUUCAUAAAACUCCUGACGCUCCAUCUGCAUCUCUCACCUACCUACUACACUCACACCGUCUC